AUUUUGCUUAUUUUAGUAAAAAAAAUAAAGCUCAUAAUAAAAAGCUUCCACACAUUAGAAAAUCUUAAGAAAAGGAAAGCUUAAGCAAUGGAGCCACCGCCCUUGUGACGUGGCCACACACACACUGUGUACACCCAUGACCUAGUUGUGACUCACUGAGUUUGACACUCUAUUGGUAAAUCAAAAAAAUCAAGCUUUAUUUAUAAUUUUUUUUAAAAGAAAAAGAAAAAGAGAUUCCCUUCUUUAACUUUAUGGGUCUUUAUAAGCGAGGCAAAACCACUUGAGAUCUUCCCCUUUUCCUUCUUCUCUUCCCUUCUUCCCCCAUUGUUGAUUUUCUGAGCUUAGUUUCUUUGGGUUUUUCAAUAAUGGGUUUGUUUGUGGAUGAUCUAGCUUCGAGCGUAAUUGUUACUCACAUGUUGUACAAAGCAGCUCUGAUAAUUGCGGUAACGAGAUGGAUUUUCGCUUGGGCACUCAAGUUAAGAAACAGAAUCCGUGAAGCUUCUUCUUCUCCUUCGACGAACCCUAACUUCUUAGAAUCCGAAAAUCCACCAUUUCCAUCACCGCCGCUGUCUUCCUCUUUACCUUCGACUCAAUUGAUCAGAGAGAGUCUGACUCUGACCACGUUCGGCGAAAUGACGGAGCGAUUCCCGAGCGAGAAAUGCCAUUGGGACACGUGCGCCGUGUGCUUGAGCCACCUGAGCACGAGCGACGAGGUGAGGGAGCUGAGGAACUGCCGCCAUGUCUUCCACCGAGAAUGCCUCGACCGGUGGCUGGAUCACGACCAGCACCACCACCAAGAUUCUCACCGGAAGUCUUGUCCGCUUUGCCGAGCGCCGUUCCUGACUCAGGAGCAGUCGCAGAGAUUGAGCAUCGGUGCCGCCGGAUCUCAGCCCAGCUGGGCCGUCGAACGACUCCUCUACCUCUUUGGAGAUGAUCUGCUGUUGUGACUGAUUGAUUCCCUCCAUGGCUCCAUCCUCUAUUAGUGUUUUUUCUUUUCUUAAACCUAAUUUUUUUUAGGAUCGUACGACUGUAAAAGCUGUGAAUAUUAUUAUGUAUUUAAUAUUAAAUAUUUAUUGAAUUGGGCUGAUUCUGUGCUCCGUUUUAGAACUCGAUCUACUGGAAUUUUGGCUACUGUGUUGUUCUUAUUAUCUAAACUCAGCUUAGAGAGUUUUCUUGUGUAUUUAUUUCAAUCUUUAUUAGAAUAAACAAUAAUUUUUUUCUUUA